UGCGUCGGUCGCUUCUUGUAAUGGAAGGAUGUAUCGCGUAGACAAGCUGAGAGAGCCUCAUCAAAUUGUGGCUGGAUAUAUUUUACCGGUUUUAUUAUUGUUACAAUGCUUCAAUUUAUCAGUCGAGGCUGGCAACACAAAUAUAAACGAGAAAAGCGAAACAUCAUCCUCACCAGAUUUUAAAAUUCCUCUCUGUUCAAAUUUGCUGCUGGGACAAUAUGUCUGUGAUGAACCAAUCAUUGAUUCAAAGACACAACAAGCCAAGAACUGUGACCAAGAAACAAGAACUGUUGUUGUGACAUGUCGAACAGCUCCAAAUAUUACCUGUCGUGGAGAAUCAAAGAAUGAAUCACAGAAAUUUACAAGACACCUACCCUGUAAAUGGACGAAUGGUCACUCAUUUGAAACAGCUUUACUGUUAUCAAUAUUCCUUGGUAUGUUUGGAGUUGACAGAUUUUAUCUUGGUUACCCUGCUAUUGGGUUGCUGAAAUUCUCAACUCUGGGAUUUAUGUUCCUCGGACAACUAAUUGACAUCUUAUUAAUUGCUACCCAGGUUGUGAAACCUGCUGAUGGAUCAGAUUAUGUCAUUGACUGUUAUGGAGCUGUUUUGACCAGACUAUCAAUGGAUAAUGAGACUUAUAUCAAACCACCAAAUUACUAAUGAACAUUAACAACCUCAAUUUUCCUUGAUCUCUUCAUUGACAGUGUAGAGAAAGCAUUAUCCACUGUUGCGUUUUGACAUUUAUGCUAUCAUGCAUGAUGUGAUGUUACUUGUAUAAAGGUGCAGAUAUAACCAUGAGGUUCAGAAGCUUGCUUUGCUAUGUGAUUCUGGGUUCAGUUCCACUGCAUAGCACCUUGGGCAAAUGUCUUUUACUAUAGCUUUGGGCUGAACAAUACCUUUUGAGUAUUAUUCGGUAACCAGGAACUAUACCAAAGACCAUCAAUAAAUUAAUUAAUUUUGUUUCCAAUACAUAGAAGAGUUUAUAGCACAGUAAAGUCUCAUAAGCAGAAUAACCUACCUCUGAUCUUUAAUCUCCCAUCUUCCAAAUCAACAUCCCGGUUUACAGGAUUACUAAACAACUAGAUAGAUACACUCAUUGGAUGGGUUCAUAGAAAUUUUUACAACUGACUAAGCAAUGUUUCUACUAUGAAUGUAGAAAAUCUCUUUACUAAUGUUUCUAUAUUGGGAAUUGUAGGCAUAACAUUAGACCAAGUGUAUGCACACCCCUACAAUAAAAGUACCCAAUAUGCCAAGAAACCUCAUUAGAAAGUUCCUAUUGGCUUGCACAACUAAGGUUCUCUUCCAUUGCCUGCAAGGCAAUUCAUAAAUCCAAGAGAAUGGAGUGGCCAUGGAUUUUGAACUUGGGGCCAUAUUUGUAGCCUUUUAUGUGACUAGUGUUGAAAACAAGGUUCUUCCCAGACAUAAAGCCAAAACCAUAGCUGUUACUAGCAAGCAGGUAUGACUUGAUAGUAUGUAUCAUGCUUUCACUAAUGAUUUAGAUAUCUAUAUUGUCAUGAGCAAACGGAGAUACCUUCCUGCGACUUGAUCCAGAGGAACAUCCAGGGGUGACAGCUGGCGGGAGAAAGAGCUGCACCAGUGCUAAGCUGGUAUUUGUUUCCGGCUGAGUAUACUGGUGCACUGUAAAAUGAAGCACUCUGCUCAAGCAAACAACAAUAUGCCACUCUGUGAAGAAACUUUAUGAUAGAGGGCCCAGUACCCUAACCACUUGGCUGUGCAUUUUACAUUCCUAAACAUAACCACAUCAUAUCUAUACUUGUACAUUGACAACAUUGUGAUGGUCACAUAAAAACAGGCAGCUAUUUAAAAAAAUGGAAAAAGAAAAAACAAUUCCAUUUUACAAUUCAAUGUAGUUUCAGCAGAGAUUCAGACCACAUAUUCUUAGAUAUAAAUGUAGAAAUAGAGAGGAAUUUUCUAUCACACCUUCACUUACAUACUCUUAAUGCACAGAGUUAGUGUAUCCAUUGAGAUAUAAAAUUUCUAUAGUAAAAUCACUUCUAAAAUACUUCCUUAAAUUUCCAUUCAUAAAAGCAGUUUUAAAUAAGGAAAAUCAUUAACCCUCUUUUUUCUGUAUUCCUGUUGAAAUACACUGCUUUGUUUCAAUUCAUUUUGAAAAUAAUAAAGAAUUUAGUAAAAUAACUGUAGUUAUUAAGGUGGCGAGCUGGCAGAAUCGUUAGCAUGCUGGGUAAAAUGCUUAGCAGCUUUUCCUCCAUCUCUAUGUUCUAAGUUCAAAUCCCACCAAGGUCAACUUUGCCUUUCUUCUUUUUGGGUUGAUGAAAUAAGUGCCAGUUGAACACUGGGGGUUGAUGUAAUCAACUUACCUCCUCCCUUGAACUUGCUGGCCUUGUGCCAAAAUUCAAAAUCAUUAUUAAAUUGGAGUUUGAGACAAAAAUUAAUAUAAAAUUUUAUUAGAUGGUUUUAAUGCAGAUCAAUUUAAAAUAUGAAGUUUGUGUCAUGGAUCCAGGGUUGAACCCAGGCAAGUUGAUAUAAAGAGUUAAAGUUAAAUUUCAGUUAAUAACUAAUUCUCUAACACAUCAGACCAAGCUGUGGAACUGUACAAGAACAAAUUCAACAUUUAAGCAGCAUGUAUAUAAUGUGGUAUAUGUAUCAGAUGCAGCAUAAUUAUACAAUAGAUGGAUAUGUCAAAUAAAACAAAAAAACUCAUAAAACAACACAUAUGUCACACUUCACCACAAACUAAUAAUUAGAAUAGAUUACAAAAAACAGCAAAAAUGAAGACAACCAUCUCAUCACAAUGAAACUAGAACACCUGUAAGUCACAACAUAUUUGACACAACCAACGUAAAUGUAAAGAUUUUGACGUAAAACAUGAAAGUUGUAAACUUCGUAACUCGUACAAGUACAAUACUUUCUCAUUCAUUGACUGUGCUUUUACAAAGAACCAUUGGGGUUUUUGUCUGUCAUAGUCAACUAUGUAUCUGUACUUAUAUGCACACUGGCUUGGACAAAUUAAAAAAAAAAAUCUUUCUUUCUUUUUCCUUGCCACUUUUAUUACUCAAGGGAAAAAGCUUUUUCUUAAGGGCUGAAACAAGCUUGACAUUAAUGUUAUGGCAAGCUUUGUCAUCAAAAUGCAAAGAGCCAACAUAGAUAUCAAGGCAGCUCAUCUAAUACUGUAACAGUCCACUGCCCUGUAUUGUUACUUUUUUUAUUGAUACUGAAAGGCUGAAAUGCAAAAGUUGGCAUUUGAAUCCAGUAGGAUAUGAACUUGGAGCAUGGAAUUAAAACAUUAUAAGGCCGUCUGUCCAAUAUUUUAAUGACUACCAACUUGCCAACAUUACAAAAUAUUAGAAUAUGGAAUACGAAACAAAACUAUGAAGAAACAUUUAUUAAUUGAUGGCACUACCAUAUUUAGAAUUAGAAUUUCUUAAAAAAUGACAAUAUAAACUUUAGCAGAUUUAUUAAUAGCAAGAUACAAACAAAAUAUUAACUCAGAGCUCAUGUGAAAUGAGUUUAUCCAGGGUUAAGAAGUUAAGUGGCCUUCUCAACCUUGUGAUUUCUGGUUCAGAACCACUGCACUUCAGGCAAGUGUGUUCUAUAUCUCCAGGCUGACCAAAGCAUUGUGAGUGAAUUUGGUAGGUAGGAACUGAAAGAAGACUGUCAUCUAUAUAUAUAUAUAUAUAUAUAUAUAUAUAUUUGUUUUUAUAUUCAAGCUAUAUUAAAAACAAUUAUACAUUAAUCUGAUGGGUUACUCUAUACUUUUGUAGAGUAUGUUAUUCUUAUACAAGAAUGUUGAUAGUGAUCAGUUAAGCCAUCAUCCAACGAAAGUUCAAAGUCUCUACAGCAUUCUUGUAUAAGAAUAAUAAAUAUAUAUAUAUGAGUGAGUGGACAAAUGAAAGAAAAAUGCAUUUAACACAUUUAGUAGGAAUUGCAUGUAUUAUUUAAAGUAGUUUGAUUUGGAUUCUAUACAGCUUAAAGUUUUGAGGGCCUCUAACAGAAGCCCACAGGACUAAGUUGCAUGGAGCCAAAUCAAAUUGUUUUAAAUAGUGUGCAUGAUUUGUGUUUGUGCCUAAAUUUUCGUGACCUCACAUCGUAGUUGUAAGCAAGCAUCACCACUGUACAAGUGGUAUCUUUCAUUUACAAUCUUCUGUGAAAACAUCCGAGCAUGGGGAAAUAUUCUUUGGAUGCAACUGAGAGGGUCAGUAAUAGGAAAGGCAUCCAACCAUAGAAACUUUGUCUCAGUGGAGUCUGUCUGACCCAUGCAAGCUUGGAAAAGUGGACAUUAAAAUGAUGUGAUGGUAACAUAUAUAGGCAAAUUGGCAGAGGUCAUUAGAGUAACAGAUCCAUCUUGUAGUAUUUCUUUCUGUUCUGGGUUCAAUUCCUGCUGGUGUCAAUUUACCUUUCGUCCCUUCAGGGUAAUUUUUUUUCUCUCUGGGGAAGAAAAAAUAUCACUUAUAGUCAGACCUGGAGAGGGAUGGGUUUUGCCAGGUGUAAUAAAAUUGUAAUAAAAUUGUUCAAGAUACACCUUAUAUCAUGAUUUCACUGCUACAACUCCAUCAGGAAUUGAGAACAAAGCAUAUUUGUAUGUGUUGCUAUAUAUGUAUAUAGACUUGUUUCUCCAUUUUUCUUUCUCUCAUCCCUUUUUGUCGAAGAGCAUAGACUUGAAACAUCAAAGAUUUUUCCAUUUUUCCUGAGUGUCAAACUAAUACACCUGCUUGUUCCCUCACCUGUCUCUCUUUUAUUUUCUAUUCAUUUGAACCAUAUGUGUGCAUGCAUAUAUAUAUAUAUACAUACAUACAUAUAUAUAUAUAUAUAUAUAUAUGUGUGUGUGUGAUGACAAACCCACUGUUGUGGACUAGCUUUAUUUAUUUGGCUGCUGUCAUUUUUUUUCUUUGUUAUAUUCUAUCUUGAUAACCUAUCAUUUAUCACUUUUCAUCAUCAUCUUCACUUUUAUUUUGCUGUUUUAUUAUUAUUAUUUCUUUUUAUAUUUAAGUUUUUACUAACAGAUGGAACUUCAGCCAGAAAUUAUAUUUAUAUUGUGUAAAUCAAUCAAAUAAAUAAGUUUAUUCUUUUAA